GUGAUUGUAGCUGGCCGUGCCGAUGACUGAGCUGGUGUCCUCCGGGGGCGGGUCCCCUGCAGGGGACGGGGAGGAGGGCCUGGGGGACGAACUGGGCCUGGUCAUCCACCACCCGGCGGAGGAGCAGCCCUACCGCUGCCCACUGUGCAGCCAGACCUUCUCGCAGCAGCCCAGCCUCGUGCGUCACCAGAAGGCGCACGCGGGGACAGGCCGCGCGGCUGCCUUCGUGUGCCCAGAGUGUGGCAAGGCCUUCAACGUGAAGCACAACCUGGAGGUGCACCAGCGCACACACACGGGCGAGCGGCCCUUCCCCUGCCCUGAGUGCGGCCGCUGCUUCAGCCUCAAGCAGAACCUGCUCACGCACCAGCGCAUCCACAGCGGGGAGAAGCCGCACCAGUGCGCGCAGUGCGGGCGCUGCUUCCGAGAGGCCCGCUUUCUGCUCAACCACCAGCGCACGCACGCGCGCAUGCCCGCACCCCAUCCCCGGCGCCCGGGCGUCUUCGGGGAGCAGCGCCCCUACUUCUGCGCCCGCUGUGGCAAGAGCUUCGCGCGUGAGGGCUACCUCAAGACCCACCAGCGCAGCCACGGCCAUGCGCCCGACGGCCAAGCGGCCCAUCUAGGCCGCGUGCUCUGAUGUGUCCUGGCUGCCUCCUGGCCUGCAGCUGUGUGUCCUGGCCCCAGUGGAUUCCUUUCUCGAGAGG